AUGUUGGAAGGUCGAUCCUGCGUGGUUCCGGGGUUGUUUUCGAGUUCUUGUUUGGCGGAGAAUAAUUGGUCUUACAUGAAAUACAUGCCGGAUUUGGAGAUAAAAAAUGGAAAGAGACUGUUGGGUGCCAAUGGCGAUGACGAUGAACCGCAGUCGAGGAAGGUUAGCAGGAGAUUAGAUUCUUGUUAUCCAGGUGAGAUGGAUUCUGUUGUUCCGCAAAUCGAUCUAGAUGAUGGGAGGAAGGAUUUCGAGCGGUUGAAUGAUUGUGAAAUAGUUGAAAAGGUUGUUUCCUUUUCUGUUCAGUUUUCGGCUGAACAAUCACAAUCACAAUCACAAUCGCCGCAAUUCAUGUUGUUGUCAAAGUUCGGCGAUGAACAUCAGAAGAAACAGGUGCAGCUUGAUGAGCCAUCGGAUGAGCAGAAGGAGCAUCAUGCUGGAGAUUCAUCAGAUUCGAGUUCACUUUUGCCGCGGAUGAACCGGGACAGCUCAAUUACUUGUCUAAGCCGAUGUUCGAGAUCUGAUUAUGGUUCACUUGCCUCGCUGAAUAGGAGCUUCCGCAACAUAAUACGGAGCGGGGAGCUCUAUGCGUGGAGGAGACUGAAUGAUAUCAUAGAGCACUGGAUUUAUUUUUCAUGUGCCCUCCUCGAAUGGGAGGCUUAUGAUCCGAUUCGCGAAAGGUGGAUGCAUUUACCUAGAAUGGCUUCUAAUGAAUGCUUCAUGUGUUCGGAUAAGGAGUCCUUGGCGGUUGGUACCGAGCUUCUUGUGUUCGGGAGGGAGUUGCAGUCUCAUGUCAUAUACAGAUACAGUCUUUUGACAAACUCGUGGGAAUCUGGAAUGAGAAUGAAUUUUCCGAGAUGCUUGUUUGGAUCCGCUAGCCUUGGAGAGAUUGCGAUUCUAGCAGGCGGGUGUGACUCUGACGGACAUAUACUCGACUCCGCUGAGCUCUAUAACUCCGAGAAUCAAACAUGGGAAACACUCCCAAGCAUGAACAAGCCGAGGAAGAUGUGCUCCGGGGUAUUCAUGGACGGAAGGUUUUAUGUUAUCGGGGGAAUCGGCGGACGCGACUCCAAGCUUCUCACAUGCGGGGAGGAGUACAAUUUACAAACAAGAACAUGGAAAGAAAUACCUAACAUGUCGCCUGGGCGUAGCGCCAGGGGAUCCGAGAUGCCUGCUACGGCCGAGGCACCACCUCUAGUCGCGGUUGUAAAUAACGAACUAUACGCCGCGGACUACGCCGACAUGGAGGUUAAAAAGUACGACAAGGGAAGAAAAUUAUGGGUCACGAUCGGGAGAUUACCGGAGCGAGCUGCGUCGAUGAACGGUUGGGGUCUUGCAUUUAGGGCAUGUGGAAACCGGCUUAUUGUUAUCGGUGGACCGAGGAGUCACGGCGAGGGUUUUAUCGAACUCAACUCAUGGGUGCCUAGUGAAGGUCCUCCACAAUGGAAUCUACUUGCAAGAAAACAAUCUGGUAACUUUGUUUAUAAUUGUGCUGUGAUGGGAUGCUGA